AAGAACAGUACUAAAGUAAAACUCCGCCUUCACAGGUGAGGAUUAACUGCUGACAGCAACCCCGGCGCUGCAGCAUUCCUUAACCAAGUGUUUAAGUUUCAUAUUUCAUUUCGUUGUGACGCAGUUAAGACAAGAUUGAUGUGAAUUGGAGCGCGGCAUCAUGGAUCAGAGUGAGGAGCAGAAAGAAGGAGAAACUCUCUGUGAAACCGAGAAUCACAGCAAAGCCAAGAGCAAACAAUCUGAAGAUGAGCUGGAUCCAGAGCUCGGUGAAACCAUGUCCAUGAUGGAUCUUUUGGAUUUUAAAUCAAACCAGAGUUCAGAGAGAGUGAAGAUCUCAGAACUCCCUAGUGGUCAGUCUGCCCAACAGCAUCCAGCAGAGCUGCACUCCAUAUUUAUGGAGCUUAAAAAGAACAUUUUCACUUUCGUGGAGAAUGAGCUGAAAAAUAUCGAAAUGGUUCUGGGUCCAAAUUACCCAGAAGGUCUAGAGGGGAAUGAGGAUGAUGAUGUUUUAGAGGAUGAAGAUAAAGAGCAAAUGAAGAGGAACAGAGAAGAUUUUGAGAAGAUGGUACAGCGCUUCCUAAGAAGGAUGAACCAUGAGGAGCUGGCUAACUGUCUUCGACUCAAAUCACUCAUCACAUGCCAACAAACACUAAAGGCUAACAUGAAGACGAAGUUCCAGCAUGUGUUUGAAGGGAUUGCUAAGUCAGGAAAUCCAACAGUUCUGAAUGAAAUCUACACAGAGCUCUACAUCACAAAGGGAGACUCUGGAAAUGUCAAUAAUGAACAUGAGGUCAGGCAGAUUGAAGCAGUGACCUGGAAACCAGACCAUACAGAAACAGCAAUUAGACAGGAAGACAUAUUUAAACUUGUAUCUGGAAGAGAUGAACCAAUCAAAACCGUAAUGACAAAGGGAGUGGCUGGCAUUGGGAAAACGGUCCUGUCACAGAAGUUCACUCUGGACUGGGCAGAAAACAGAGUCAACCAAGACAUCCAGUUCAUCUUUCCAUUCACGUUCAGAGAGUUGAAUCUGUUAAAAGAACAAUUCAGCUUGGUGGAGCUUGUUCAUCAUUUUUUUAGUGAAACCAAAGGAAUCUUCAGGUUUGAAGAGUUAAAGGUUGUGUUCAUCUUUGAUGGUUUGGAUGAGAGUCGACUUCCACUGGACUUCCACAACAAUGAGAUCCUGAUAGAUGUAAGAAAGUCCACCUCAGUGGAUGUUCUUCUGACAAACCUCAUCAGAGGGAACCUGCUUCCCAAAGCUCACCUCUGGAUAACCACACGGCCUGCAGCAGCUAAUAAGAUUCCUCCUGAGUUCAUUGGCAUGAGGACAGAGAUCAGAGGAUUCACUGACUCACAGAAAGACAUGUACUUCACCAAAAGAUUUGAAUCUAAGAAGCAGGCCAGCUUGGUAAUCUCCCAUGUAAAGAAAUCAAGAACCCUCCACAUCAUGUGCCACAUCCCAAUCUUCUGCUGGAUCACUGCUACAGUUGUGGAAGACAUGUUGAACAAGAAAGAUGGAGAAGAGCUGCCAAAGACCCUGACUGAGAUGUACAUUCACUUCCUGGUGGUGCAGAACAAACUGAAGGCCAUCAAGUAUGAUGGAGGAGCUGAGACAGAUUCAGACUGGAGUCCUGAGAACCAGAAGAUGAUCGAGUCUCUGGGAAAACUGGCUUUUGAUCAGCUGCAGAAAAGAAACCUGAUAUUCUAUGAAUCAGACCUGGCAGAGUGUGGCAUCGAUAUCAGAGCAGCUUCAGUGUGUUCAGGAGUGUUCACACAGAUCUUCAGAGAAGAGAGAGGGCUGUACCAGGACAAGUUGUUCUGCUUUGUCCACCUGAGUGUUCAGGAGUUUCUGGCUGCUCUUCAUGUUCACCUGACCUUCAUUAAAUCAGGAAUCAAUCUGCUGGCAAAGGAAGAAAUGAAAUCAAAGGACUUUGAAACAAGAAGCCAUGAAUCCUCAGAGACAGAAAUGUACAAGAGUGCUGUGGACAUGGCCCUAGAGAGUCCAGAUGGACACCUGGACUUGUUCCUCCGCUUUCUACUUGGUCUUUCACUGGAGACCAAUAAGUGUCGCUUAAGAGGCUUUGUGGCACAGACAGAAGAAAGUUUAGCAAUUAAUAAAGACACAGCCCAGUACAUCAAGGAGAAGUUGAAUCAUCAUGGUGUUGAGAAAAGCAUCAAUCUGCUCCACUGCCUGAAUGAACUAAAUGAUCAGUCUCUGAUGGAGGAAAUCCAACAAUCUCUACGUACAGGAAGUCUUUCAAUACACCAACUGUCUCCUGCUCAGUGGUCAGGUCUGCACUACAUCCUACUUUCAUCAGAGAAAGGUCUGGAGAUAUUUGACCUGAAGAAAUACUGUGCUUCAGAGGAAGCUCUUCAGAGACUGCUGCCAAUAGUCAACGCCUCCAGCAAAGCUAUACUGAGUGGGUGUAACCUCUCAGAGAAAAGUUGUGAAGCUCUGUCCUCAUUUAUCAGCUCAACGACCUCUAGUCUGAAAGAUCUGGACCUGAGUAACAAUGACCUGACAGAUUCAGGAGUGAAGCUGCUCUGUGAGGGACUGAUGAGUCCCAACUGUGAACUCAAGAUUCUCAGGCUUUCAGGCUGCCUGAUCACAGAGGAAGGCUGUGCUGCUCUGGCUUCAGCUCUGACUGUGAACUCCUCUCACCUGAAGGAGCUGGACCUCAGCUACAAUAAUCCAGGAGAGGCAGGAAUGAAGAGUCUAGAAGCUAUACAGAAGAAUCCAAGCUUCAAACUGGACUCUCUGAGCAUGGAGCCUGCAGGAGACAAAUGGAUGACAGCAGGUCUGAGGAAGUAUUCCUGUACACUAACAGUCGACCUAAACACUGUAAACAGAUUCCUCAAACUUUCUCACAAAAACAAGAAGGUGACACAUGUAGAAGAGGAGCAGCCGUAUCCUGAUCAUCCAGACAGAUUUGAUCUCUAUCAGCUGCUGUGUUCUGAUGGUCUGACUGGUCGCUGUUACUGGGAGGUUGAGUGGGGUGGAAAAGUCUACAUAUCAGUGAGUUACAGGGGAAUCAAUAGAAAAGGAGUCAAUGACGAUUCCUGGUUUGGGUUGAAUGAUCAGUCCUGGAGUCUAAUCUGCUCUGAUGAUGGUUACACUAUUUGGCAUGAUAGUGUGAAAAAAGCUUUCAUCCCUGUUCCCUCCUUCUCCUCUUCCUCUGUCUCUGGCAGAGUAGCUGUGUAUGUGGACUGUCCUGCUGGGACUCUGUCCUUCUACAGAGUCUCUUCAGAUACACUGAUCCACAUCUACACCUUCAACACCAAAUUCACUGAAACUCUUUGUCCUGCAUUUGGGGUCAGGGAUCUUUCAGGAGUGUGUUGGCUCUCAUUUGAAUUUGGCAUUAUGGAAACAUCUGAGGACAAAGAAGAGGAAGUUCCUUGCUGUGAAAGCACUCUAUGUAAGGAAGAAGAGGAUCAGAGGAAACAAAAGAAACAAGAACCUGGACCAAGCUGUCUGUCCAUCAAGAGCAGCCACUCAAAACGGGAUGGUAUUAAUUUUAAUCUUGACCAAUCCUCAGUUCCAAACAGGCAACAAAAGAAACAAGAACCUGGACCAAGCUGUCCGUCCAUCAAGAGCAGCCACUCAAAACGGGAUGGUAUUAAUUUUAAUCUUGACCAACCCUCAGUUCCAAAAAGGCGUGAACAGAGCACUGAUGUUGGCCAAACUGCCCAUGAGCAUCUAAUGCAGCUACACCCCAUUUUUAGGGAACUGGAGAAAAAGAUUGUGACAUUUGUGAAAGAUGAGCUGAAGGAGAUCAAAAAAGUCUUGAGUCCAGAGGGUCAGGAAGAGGUAAAAGAAGUGUCUGGAAAUAGGAAUGAAAAGCACAAGAGCAGCAUCAGAAAGGCGUUUUUAAAAAUCACUGUGAACUUCUUGAGAAUGAUGAAUUUGGAUGAUCUAGCUGACCUUCUGCAGAACAAAUCACUCAUCACAUGUCAGCAAACUCUAAAGUCUAACCUGAAGGAGAGGUUCCAGCAUGUGUUUGAAGGGACGGCUAAAUCAGAAAGUCUAGCCCUUCUGAAUCAGAUCUACACAGAGCUCUACGUCACAGAGGGAAACUCUGGAGAGGUUAAUGAUGAACAUGAGGUCAGGCAGAUUGACGCAUUUUCCUGGAAACCAGAUCAACCAGAAAUGGUAAUUAGACAUGGAGACAUAUUUAAACCCUCACCUGAAAGAGAUGAACCAAUCAGAGCAGUGAUGACAAAAGGAGUGGCUGGCAUUGGGAAAACAGUCCUGACACAGAAGUUCACUCUGGACUGGGCAGAAAACCAAACCAACCAGGACAUCCAGUUCAUCUUUCCAUUCACGUUCAGAGAGCUGAAUCUGUUAAAAGACCAGCAGUUCAGCUUAGUGGAGCUUGUUCACCAUUUUUUUAGUGAAACCAGAGGGAUCUCCAGAUUUGAAGAGUUAAAGGUUGUGUUCAUCUUUGACGGGUUGGAUGAGUGUCGACUUCCACUGGACUUUCAGAACAAUGAGAUCUUGGAAGAUGCAAGAAAGUCUAUGUCAGUAGAUGUUCUUCUGACAAACCUCAUCAGAGGGAACCUGCUUCCCAAAGCUCACCUCUGGAUAACUACACGACCUGCAGCAGCCUUUCGGAUCCCCACUGAGUGUGUUGGCAAGAUGACAGAGAUCAGAGGAUUCACUGACCCACAGAAAGACAUGUACUUCACAAAACGAUUUGAAUCUAAGAAGCAGGCCAGCUUGGUAAUCUCCCAUGUAAAGAAAUCAAGAACCCUCCACAUCAUGUGCCACAUCCCAAUCUUCUGCUGGAUCACUGCUAAAGUUGUGGAAGACAUGUUGAACAAGAAAGAUGGAGAAGAACUGCCAAAGACCCUGACUGAGAUGUACAUUCACUUCCUGGUGGUGCAGAACAAACUGAAGGGCAUCAAGUAUGAUGGAGGAGCUGAGACAGAUUCACACUGGAGUGCAGAGAACCAGAAGAUGAUCGAGUCUCUGGGAAAACUGGCUUUUGAUCAACUGAUGAAAAGAAACCUGAUCUUCUAUGAAUCAGACUUGGCUGAGUGUGGCAUUGAUGCCAGAGCAGCUUCAACAUACUCAGGAGUGUUCACACAGAUCUUCCGAGAAGAGAGAGGGCUGUACCAAAACAAAGUGUUCUGCUUCGUCCACCUGAGUGUUCAGGAGUUUCUGGCUGCUCUUCAUGUUCACCUGACCUCUAUUAAUCCCAAAGUCAAUCAGCCAGAAAAAGAGAAAAUUAAAUCCAUAGAUCCUGAAUUAGGAAACUUCAAAUCUGCAGAGAUGGCUUUCUACAAGACAGCUGUGGACACGGCUUUAGAGAGUCCAGAUGGACACCUCGACUUAUUCCUCCGCUUUCUACUGGGUUUUUCACUGGAGACCAAUCAGACUCUGAUGAGGGGGCUGAUAUCACACACAGAAAGCAAAUCACAGAACAAUCAAGAAAUAGUACAGUUCAUCAAAAAGAAGAUAAGUAAAAAUCUUUCUGUAGAGAAAAGCAUCAAUCUGUUCCACUGUCUUAAUGAACUAAAUGAUCAGUCUCUAGUGGAGGAAAUCCAACAAUAUCUAAGUACAGGAAGUCUUUCAGCACACCAGCUGUCUCCUGCUCAGUGGUCAGCUCUGCACUUCAUCCUACUUUCAUCAGACAAAGAUCUGGAGACAUUUGACCUGAAGAAAUACUCUGCUUCAGAAGAUGCUCUACUGAGACUGCUGCCAACAGUCAAAGCCACUAACAAAGCUAUACUCAGCGGCUGUAACCUCUCAGAGAGAAGCUGUGAAGCUCUGUCCUCAGUUCUCACAUGUCAGGAUUCUCACCUGAAGGAGCUGGACCUGAGUAACAACAACCUGGGUGAUUCAGGAGUGAAGCUGCUCUGUGACGGACUGAAGAGUCCAAACUGUGAACUCGAAAUUCUCAGGCUUUCAGGAUGUUUGAUCACAGAGGAAGGUUUUGCUGCUCUGGCCUCUGCUCUGAUGCUGAAUCCCAGCCACCUGAGAGAGCUGGACCUGAGUUACAAUCAUCCAGGAGAGACAGGAGCUCAACCUCUGUUAGCUGGACUGGAAGAUGCAAAAUGGAAGCUGGAGACUCUGAACUUGGAUUCUGCUGGAGUCCAGUGGUUAACACCAGGUCUACGGAAGUAUUCCUGUCCUCUCACAGUCGACCCGAACACCAUGAACAAAUAUCUCAAACUAUCUGACGAAAACUUGAAGGUGACACGUGUGGCAGAAGAGCAGCAAUAUCCUGAUCAUCCAGACAGAUUUGAUCUCUAUCAGCUGCUGUGUACUGAUGGUCAGACUGGUCGCUGUUACUGGGAGGUUGAGUGGGGUGGGAAGGUCUGCAUAUCAGUAAAUUACAAGGGUAUCAAAAGAAAAGGAGAGAAUGAUGACUCCUGGUUUGGAUUUAAUGAUAACUCCUGGUGUUUAAUCUGCUCUGAUGAUGGUUAUGCUGUUUGGAACAACAGUAAAAAAAAAGCUUUUAUCCGUUCAUCCUCCUUAUCGAAAGUGGCUGUGUAUGUGGACUGUCCUGCUGGGACUCUGUCCUUCUACACAGUCUCAUCAGACACACUGAUCCACCUCCACACCUUCAACACCAAAUUCAGUGAACCUCUUUAUCCUGGAUUUGGGUUCAGGAGUCGCACUAGGGUGUCUUGGUGCUCAUUUUAGAGUUACCAGACAACUUUACAUGUGUUUUAUCCAAUACAUCGGUUUUCAGAUGAAUGUAAUAUUGAUUGCUUUCAAUUUUUUCCUGUUACUUUCUUUAAAAAAACAUACCUGCUGUACCUUUACAGAUCAUCAGUAAAAUUAAAUUUACAUAUCACCUUUCGGGAGAUAAAAAUCAAUAGGUUCUUCACAAUAAACUAACACAUCAACCAAAGAGCCAAAAAUGCUUAAAAAACAAGAAGAAAUAAUAAAGAGCAUAUAAAAAAUGGAACCUAUAGAGUCCACCAAUCUCAAGUCAAAAGGAAAAGUCCGUCUUACUUUGUUUGUGACUUAGUGUGGGGAGUCAUGCUAUCUACAUUAUUGGUACAUUUUUGCUUGAAGUGCACAACAUGCUAAUGUGACAAUAAUGACAACAUUGCGUUCUUGUGAAUGCAAUGUUGUGAAACAAAAUAAAGAUUAAACAGUAAUAUAAAUACUUGGAAAUAUAUGUUGAUACUAAUAUGAGAUAAACUCUGUUAUCUUGCAAAAGCAUUUCCCUUUUAACUUUUUAAAUACUUGGUAGAAUCACAUAAUUAUGGUUCUUUACAUCUCCUAGUUUUAGUGUUAUGGUUCUCCACAUUUUUGUUACCAUUAACUUGGAUGAACUCAAUCCCUGUUGCCAUGUAUGCUAUAAUUACUAAUCACUUAAUUAAGCCAUAAAAAUAUUGACUCUCAGACUGAUUAAGGCCCAAAGCCAGAAUCAUUCACUGAUGUCUUCUUUUAUCCUUACAGCACUGAAGCAACUGGGAUAACAUUGUUACUUGUUUUUUUAGCAGAAAUAUGACUAUUUAAGUACAUUUGUAAUUCCUAACUUAACCAAUUUGAUUAGAUAUUAAAUGAAUGGUGGGGACGAUGGUAGGAGUUUACCGUUUGUUGGCUGCUCUGUUUGCCCAUCUCACUGUGUCCUUGUGCCCUCUGAUCAUCUGUCUGCUGCUGGUUAGAGAGCCUCGUUGAGCCUGGAGCCUCCAGGCAGCUACUAUCCGGUAGCUUCCUGCCAUCAACAUGAAUGUGUGAGUGAAUGACUGAAUGUAAAGUGAAGGUCGUUGGGGUCCUCUGUACUUGAUAUAGUGCAGUACAAGUUCAGGCUAUUUUAUUUGCUGUUAAAUGAAUCAUGAUUUUUGCCAUCUGAACUAAAAACUUGUAUUAAAACAUUAGCUUUGAAAUAAUCUAUCAAUGUGUAAUAAUUUAUAUAUUUCUAAUAAAAAACUGUGAUGGUUGAAAA